CGUCACAUCACUAGUGGAUCAUGCCUUUCCCUUUGUCAACAGGACUCCGUUCUUUUAUUCGGAUUACGGGUUUAUCUGGAUUUCAUCUUGACGUUCUUCAUACAUCAUCUCAGUGACUUUCAGAACAGUCUACAAGAAAAGAUCUGCAUCCAGACAAACCGAACAACUAAAAUCAGUAAUGAUGGAGUUUGUGAAAGAGGAGAGUGAGAUCAUGAGUGAUCCAGAAGUCUGCAGAAUUAAACAUGAAGAUACUGAGGAACUAAUAGAUCUGAUGGAAGUGAAGGAGGAAAGUCAAGAGCUGGAAAUACUUUCACAGACUGAAAACAAGUUCACACAGAAAAAUACUGACAGAGCAGAAGCCAAAAAGUCUUUCACCUGCAGUCAGUGUGGAAAGAGUUUUGCUGAAAAAAGAGCACUUGAAGGACACAUGACAAUCCACACUGGACUGAAACCUUACUCAUGUGAUCAGUGUGGAAAGAGUUUUGCACAAAAAGGAACCCUUACAUAUCACAUGAGAAUUCAUACUGGAGAGAAACCGUACACAUGUGAUCAGUGUGGAAAGAGUUUUGCACAAAAAGGAACCCUUACAUAUCACAUGAGAAUUCAUACUGGAGAGAAGCAGCAUACAUGUGAUAAGUGUGGAAAGAGUUUUGCGCUAAAAGGAAACCUUACAUAUCACAUGAGAGUUCAUACUGGAGAGAAACCGUACACAUGUGAUCAGUGUGGAAAGAGUUUCUUAAGUGCAGGACACCUUAAGGAACACAUGAGAAUCCACACUGGAGACAAACCGUACUCAUGUGAUCAGUGUGGAAAGAGUUUUGCAAAAAAUGGAAGCCUUAUACAUCACAUGAGAGUUCAUACUGGAGACAAACCAUACACAUGUGAUCAGUGUGGAAAGAGUUUUGCAAAAAAUGGAAGCCUUAUACAUCACAUGAGAGUUCAUACUGGAGACAAACCAUACACAUGUGAUCAGUGUGGAAAGAGUUUUACACAAAAUGGAAACCUUACAUAUCACAUGAGAUUUCACGCUGAAAAGAAACCGUACACAUGUGAUCAGUGUGGUAAGAGUUUUGCACAAAAAGGGAACCUUACACAUCACAUGAGAUUUCACGCUGAAAAGAAACCGUACACAUGUGAUCAGUGUGGGAAGAGUUUUGCACAAAAAGGGAACCUUACAUGUCACAGGAGAAUUCAUACUGGAGAGAAGCCGUACACAUGUGAUCAGUGUGGAAAGAGUUUUGCAUUAAACAGAAACCUUGUGUAUCACAUGAGAAUUCAUACUGGAGAGAAACCGUACACAUGUUAUCAGUGUGGAAAGAGUUUUUCACAAAAAGGAACCCUUACAUAUCACAUGAGAAUUCAUACUGGAGAGAAGCAGCAUACAUGUGAUAAGUGUGGAAAGAGUUUUGCACUAAAAGGAAACCUUACAUAUCACAUGAGAAUUCAUACUGGACAGAAGCAGCAUACAUGUGAUCAGUGUGGAAAGAGUUUUGCACUAAAAGGAAACCUUACAUAUCACAUGAGAGUUCAUACUGGAGAGAAACCGUACACAUGUGAUCAGUGUGGAAAGAGUUUCUUAAGUGCAGGACACCUUAAGGAACACAUGAGAAUCCACACUGGAGACAAACCAUACUCAUGUGAUCAGUGUGGAAAGAGUUUUGCACAUAAUAAAAGCUUUAAGAUGCACAUAAGAAUUCAUACUGGAGAGAAACCGUACACAUGUGAUCAGUGUGGAAAGAGUUUUACACAAAAUGGAAACCUUACACAUCACUUGAGAAUUCAUACUGGAGAGAAACUGUACACAUGUUAUCAGUGUGGAAAGAGUUUUGCACAUAAUAAAAGCUUUAAGAUGCACAUAAGAAUUCAUACUGGAGAGAAACCGUACACAUGUGAUCAGUGUGGAAAGAGUUUUGAACAAAAAGGAAACCUUACACAUCACAUGAGAAUUCACGCUGAAAAGAAACCGUACACAUGUGAUCAGUGUGGGAAGAGUUUUGCACAAAAAGGGAACCUUACAUAUCACAUGAGAAUUCAUACUGGAGAGAAGCCGUACACAUGUGAUCAGUGUGGAAAGAGUUUUGCACAAAAAGGAACCCUUACAUAUCACAUGAGAAUUCAUACUGGAGAGAAGCAGCAUACAUGUGAUAAGUGUGGAAAGAGUUUUGCACUAAAAGGGAACCUUACAUAUCACAUGAGAGUUCAUACUGGAGAGAAACCGUACACAUGUGAUCAGUGUGGAAAAAGUUUCUUAAGUGCAGGACACCUUAAGGAACACAUGAGAAUCCACACUGGAGACAAACCGUACUCAUGUGAUCAGUGUAGAAAGAGUUUUGCAAAAAAUGGAAGCCUUAUACAUCACAUGAGAGUUCAUACUGGAGAGAAACCGUACACAUGUGAUCAGUGUGGAAAGAGUUUUACACAAAAUGGAAACCUUACACAUCACUUGAGAAUUCAUACUGGAGAGAAACCGUACAAAUGAUAUCAGUGUGGAAAGAGUUUUGCACGAGCGGACAGUUUGGAACAGCACCAGAUCACACAGUGGUGUGAAGGAUCAUGUGUGUUUUCAGUGUGAAAAGACGUUUAUCACAGCUGGCAGUUUGAAAGGUCACCAGAGAAUCCACAAUGUAGGAAAAACCUUACAGGUGUUCACACUGUGACAAGAGAUUCACUCUGUCAUCUCACCUGACAAGACAUGAGAAGAUCCACACUAUAGAGAAACCAUACCACUGCCCUCCAUGUGGGAAGAGUUUCAUCCAAUCAAGUCAUCUACAGAAUCAUAUGAAAAAGCUUCAUCCACAGUUUUCAGGGUGAACACUUGUUCAUCGUGUGGAUUUAAAUCAAGUUUUUAUUCUUGCCAGUAUUUCUACUGUAUGAAUUGUUAAAGUGUAAUUUAAUGUGUUGUUUCAUUUAUUCCUUUAAUGUGUUGUAUAGAGUGUGCUGCUGAUUCUACAGGAAAUUAUGAGAAAUGAAAUAUUCUGAACAAAUCUAGUUUUAACUUCUUCAGAUGAUUUUCAAUGCAGUUAAUUUGAGAAAACAUUGUAUAAUAUUUCUAUUAUGUCUAUAAUGUGUAGACUCAAAGAUACACUAAUUAAAAUGAUCCAAAUUAAAAACAGUUUUAGUACUUUUGGAUGUUGCAUUUGCAUGUGUGAGUUUAAAGACAAUAUGAGAAGAAAUAAAAUUACAAAUGUUAGUAAAGAAAAUGCUGCCGUCACAAAAUAGUUCACACGACUAAUGGCUGUCACUUUGUUUUAAGAGGUAAAUAUUCAUGAUUUAAAUGUUUUGUAGUUUGUCUAAGCACCAGGUGUAGUAGUCUAAGCACCAUAACUGGUAAUCAGAAGGUUGCUGGUUUGAUCCCCACAGCCACCACCAUUGUAUCCUUGAGUAAAACACUGAACUCCAGGUUGCUCCGGGGGGAUUGUCCCUGUAAUAAGGGCUCUGUAAGUUGCUUUGGAUGAAAGUGUCUGCCAAAUGCAUAAAUGUAAAAAAAAUUAAGUAUUGACGAUGUUUCAGUCACUGUCUGUUCAUCACCAGUAGGUGUCGCUGUUCAUGUACUUUUUCAUUUAUAAUUCACGACUAUGAAUGAAUACAAGCGUCCUGUUGACUGUA